GGCUUCUGAUGAAGGAACAGCGGUGGGAAAGAUGGCGGUGUCUCUCUGCUCCUCGGGCUGGUGGCAGCGCUGGCGGCGGCGUUGGUCGGCUAGGGAGGGGUCCAGGAUGUUGCUCCUUCUUCUUUUGCUGGGGUCUGGGCAGGGGCCUCGGCACGUCGGGGCGGGUCAGGCGUUCGAGUACUUGAAACGGGAACACUCGCUGUCGAAGCCCUACCAGGGUGUGGGCACGGGCAGCUCCUCGCUGUGGAAUCUGAUGGGCAAUGCCAUGGUGAUGACCCAGUACAUCCGCCUCACCCCAGAUAUGCAGAGUAAACAGGGGGCCUUGUGGAACCGGGUGCCAUGUUUCCUGAGAGACUGGGAGUUGCAGGUGCACUUCAGGAUCCACGGUCAGGGCAAGAAGAACCUGCAUGGUGACGGCCUUGCAAUCUGGUACACAAAGGAUCGGAUGCAGCCAGGGCCUGUGUUUGGAAACAUGGACAAAUUUGUGGGGCUGGGAGUAUUUGUAGACACCUACCCCAAUGAGGAGAAGCAGCAAGAGGCCCAGAAGAGGCGAUACUCUCCGGGAGUCCAGCGGGUGUUCCCCUACAUCUCUGUCAUGGUGAACAAUGGCUCCCUCAGCUAUGACCAUGAGCGUGACGGGCGGCCCACGGAGCUGGGGGGCUGCACAGCCAUCAUCCGCAACCUCCACUACGACACCUUCCUCGUGAUCCGCUAUGUCAAGAGGCAUCUGACGAUCAUGAUGGACAUCGACGGCAAGCACGAGUGGAGAGACUGCCUGGAGGUGCCUGGUGUCCGGCUGCCCCGUGGUUACUACUUUGGCACUUCCUCCAUCACAGGCGACCUCUCGGACAACCACGACGUCAUUUCCCUGAAGUUGUUUGAACUGACGGUGGAGAGGACCCCAGAGGAGGAGAAGCUACAUCGAGAUGUGUUCAUGCCCUCGGUGGACAAUAUGAAGCUGCCCGAGAUGACAGCCCCACCACAGCCCCUGAGUGGCCUGGCCCUCUUCCUCAUCGUCUUCUUCUCCCUGGUGUUUUCCGUGUUUGCCAUUGUCAUUGGUAUCAUACUCUACAACAAAUGGCAGGAUCAGAGUCGAAAGCGCUUCUACUGAGCCCUUCUGCUGCCGCCACCUGUGACUGUCACUGCUGAGGUGUGGCCUCAGCUGGCCUGGAUGGGGACCGCGUUCUGUCACCGCAGCUCUGGACGAAUGCAAGGACCCUGCCUUCCCCACUCAUCCACAGGGACAUCUGGCUCCGGCCUGGGACACUGCUGAGAUGUGCCUUUCACUGUAGUCCUUCCACUGCAGAGUGAGGAGGCAUGUAGGGAGCGUGUGUGGCUGUGACACCCAAGUGCCAGAAGUGGGGAGCCAGGCCGACGGCUCACUGCCGCACAGAGCAGGGAGCUGCUCUCGCCUGCAGGGCGUUCGUUACUGGGCUUUGCUCUUCCCCCGCCAGGAGCUCCGAGAGAUCUGUGUGGAAGCUUCUUCCCCGCGUCCUUUCCUCCCUCUGCUCGUCCUCUCACGUGCAGCCUGAGCUGGACACCUCUGCAUGAGGCAGCUGAGCACACUCGGGCUUCAGCAAUCCUCCCUGGUGGCCCUGGGGCUUCCUGCUUAGGUGUGAGGCUCCAGUUUGCAGGGGCUGUGGGUGUGUCACCAUCCUGGGUUCCUCCGUGCCAUGUUUGGCUGGCAGGCAGCAUGCAAGUUGAGAGAAACUGGAGAGCAGAUUGUCCAUGGAGCUGAGGGUCCAGGUUUGCCACAGAAAGUGGCUUUUGUCGUGUGUCCCUGGACCCGCUGGAUCCUGCUUACCUGCAUGUUCUGUUGAUCAUGAUUUUGGGAAACCUG